AUGCCUAAAUUUUCUGGGAUCAAUAUGUUCUUAAUUGUGGCAAUUCUUAUGGUGAAAGUGCAUGUGGGUACAGCGGUAGACUGCGACAUCAUGAAACUACUACCUUGCUAUCCAUUUAUUAAAGAUCCAACGUUACCAGCACCAUCUCCAGAUUCAGAUUGUUGCAACAAUCUCCGCAUGGAAGAACCUUGCCUAUGUGACUUUGCGAAGAAUCCAGUCUUUGGUUCGUAUCUUAACAAUCCUAGUGUUAAAAAAGUGGCAGAUGCUUGUAGUGUUGCCAUCCCCGACCCCAAAACUUGUCAUUAA